CGCUGCACUCAGCCUUACUCCCGACCAUGUCGUCCUUGUCUACCACAAGCUUACCUCUUGGUGCCGAAAAAGAUAUCGAUGAUUUAUCCGACCAACAGCUACGAGAAUUAUAUGAAAAUGAGGAAAUGGACCGGUUUCUGACCAUCUUUUCUACGUAUGUAACAGAAGUCCGGGUUUCCGACACAUCUUCUGGCACUUCUCUUGAAAAUACCUCAGUGGCUGCCGAAGACUCUGUAUGGGCCAUCGGACAAACUCAAGAUGACAACCUGCCUGAAAAGCAUUCUGCCCGGUCUAUCUCAGAACAAGUAGCUGAUCAAUGGAUACGCCCGCAUUUACCUCCCGCAGCUCCUCCCGCACCACCGUUUACUCUAGGGCGUUUGAAACUGGCAGUCCAGCGCCUUUACUUGGCGACUAUUCCCAUUUACGUACCAUUCCUCGUAAGGAUGUAUCAACUAUCGUCAUGGCGUGAUACGGGUCGUAGUUCCAUGUAUUGCAUCAUAUUUUGGAUGCUGUGGUAUCACGAUCUCUUGUGUCCUGCAUUUUUUCUACGCGUAUUCUAUGCUUUAAUCCGCCGAAGAAUUAUGCCCUACCCAACUGUAGAUGAGCUCCGGCAACGCCUUCGUGAGGUUGAUAGGGCAAACAAGCUUGGCGAUGCAGUAUCAUCCCGAUUAUCUGCUUCCUCAUCCUUUGGGGUCAAAGAUAUGUGGAGGUUAUACAGAAUAGUCAACAAGCCGUGGAAACCAAAGGCCAAGAAGGCCUCCGCUGAGCAACCUGGAUGUCAAAUCCUUCCGGAGUCUAUAGAUUACGGCGCAACAAUAAAUACCAUUAAUGAUGAACCCACAAUACUCGGCGAUGAAACGGAGAGUGAGGAGGAGAGAGAUAUCAAGCGUCUGGGCCUUCACAUUCUCAAUGCGGUUGCUGAUUUCCAUGAAAGGAUGAAGAAGUGAUUUUCCCCCUCUCAUCUCUUUCAUGCCUGACAUUCAUUCGAUGUGUCUAGCCUUUUCAUCUGGCGCCGACACUAUUCCUCUCGAAUCUAUGGUGCUUUUAUA